AUGGCUCAGCCUUCAGGCCAACAGCAGUCGGUCCCCUUGACCUCGCUCCCACUACAACAACUCUCGCAGCUCCAAUCCCGCCUCUCCAGCGAACUCGAGCACCUGUCCGCCUCCUAUCAGCGCCUGCGCGCCGCUCAGUCCCGCUUCAAGGAUUGUAUACGCAGCAUCAAAGACGGCGUCGAGUCAAAAACCCCUGAAAACCCGCUGCUCAUUCCUUUGACCCCCUCCCUCUACGUCCCCGCGCGACCCCCACCCUCCAAGCCCGUGACCGUACUAGUCGACAUCGGCACCGGCUUCUACGUGGAGAAGAGCACGUCCGACGCAACCAAGUUCUACGACGGCAAGAUCGAGGACUUGACCAAGAAUCUCACGCAGAUCGAGGAGGUGGUGCGGCAGAAGACGGACACGCUGCGCGCGGUCGAGGACGGCAUGCGGCGCAAGGUCGUUGCGGGUGAGGGGCAGGACGGUGGCCAGGCUGGGAGAGGGGCCGGAGAUGAGGGUGGCGAUUGA